UGCACUGACUCAGCACAGCCUGUGGGGUCUGGAGGAGUGACAGGUCUCACCCAAGAGCUACUGGUGCUGUGGAGCACAGAGAAGACUACAAGCAGACCACUGAUGAUGGGAGUAAAAACCACUGAGGCAAAGUUACUGUGAAGGGAUGGAACAAGGCACUAGGACCUAGGAGGCGUCUCAUCCACCCUGGCAGGAAUUUCUUGCUUGGAGCUCAGACAACAAAGGCAGAGUGAGCCCGGUUUUCUUUCUCUCAGCAUCUCCACCCUGCGCGCUGAAAACCGCUUCAGAUCUUUAGGGUUCACCAAACUAUGGAACUUGAUUUUGGACACUUUGACGAAAGAGACAAGGCGUCCAGAAACAUGCGAGGCUCACGUAUGAACGGGUUGCCCAGCCCCACUCACAGUGCUCACUGUAGCUUCUACAGAACCAGGACCUUACAGGCACUGAGUAACGAGAAGAAAGCCAAGAAGGUGCGUUUCUAUCGCAACGGGGACCGCUACUUCAAGGGGAUUGUAUAUGCCGUGUCCUCUGACCGCUUCCGAAGUUUUGACGCUCUCCUGGCUGACCUGACCCGAUCCCUGUCCGACAACAUUAAUCUGCCUCAGGGAGUCCGUUACAUUUACACCAUCGAUGGGUCGCGGAAGAUCGGGAGCAUGGAUGAGCUGGAGGAAGGGGAGAGUUAUGUCUGCUCAUCUGACAACUUCUUCAAGAAGGUGGAAUACACCAAGAAUGUCAAUCCCAACUGGUCUGUCAACGUGAAGACAUCUGCCAACCAGAAAGCACCUCAGUCUCUGGCCAGCAGCAACAGCGCUCAGGCAAAGGAGAACAAAGAUUUUGUGCGUCCCAAGCUGGUAACCAUCAUCCGCAGUGGGGUGAAGCCCCGGAAGGCAGUCCGUGUGCUCUUGAACAAGAAGACUGCCCAUUCAUUUGAGCAAGUUCUCACCGAUAUCACUGAAGCUAUAAAACUGGAGACGGGAGUGGUCAAAAAGCUGUAUACCUUGGAUGGGAAACAGCUGCAGAGCCUCAUCCAAAGCUCAUUGAAGUCUAUAAAAGACUUCCAGAGGCCACGACCUCAGCCUGAUGGUCCAAUGUAUUCGGGGCCUUCCAUGACAAAGGGGAAGACCAGCGCUGUUCCUGAAUUGCCACCUCUGAAAAGAAGGAUGCACCGGUGUGUUUCACAUCACAGCUGAGAAGUAAUUGCAUUACACACAGAGGCUCCUUUUCUCGGACUCAGAAGGACCACGUUUGUAUCUCUUGUGCUCCUGGUUGUGAAGAUAAUUGUGAGUGCAAAUCACACGACUGGAUGUGCUGUUAUUAAGCAUCAUUCCCCCAGUCUGCUAGAUGCCUCUUCAUGCACGCACAGGCAGGGUGGCUCUUAACCAGCUGCGGAUUAACCACUAACAGAGGACACAAUGUGUGCACAGCUUUACAAGCAACAGUGGUUAGCUGGCCAUUUGGAAGAAAUCUGUGUACAUGCGUCCUGUUAUUUCCACUGCCAAAGCUUUUCCAAACCAGCCUUUUGUUUUAGUUUAUUUCUCACUGCAGAAGCUUGUUAUUCCAUGCCCUGCUCUCUUGUUGCAGCUCCAGUCCCUCUUGGCUGCUCUUUGUUUGCUCCGUUGUUACUAGACGCUUCAGUUUGGACUUGUUUCUCACCGGUGCACCAAUGAGGCUCUUCAACAGUCAGGCCUUUAUAUCUAUUCUCUGCAGAGUCCAUUCUACUAGCGCAACCCUUUGAGCAUUUGCAUCCAAAAUGCCAGCGCACUGAGUCAAAUCUGCUACUACACAAGAGAGUCUGCACAAACUAAGCCUUGAUUCCACACACCCCCCCCAGGCCAGCUGGCUGUGGAAAGUUUCACUCUUUGUAACUCUAAAUACUUGCGUUGUUUUUAAUCAAAUUUGACUGUAGCUCGCUUAAGCGUUUGUGGCUUUUCCUUAGGAAUGGUAUCACUGUCCCAGCUAGCUCCUGUGGAGCAAGGACUGGAAAAAUCUGCUUUAUGACAAACUAUAAUUUAAGAGUCAGCAAUGUCUGAUGUAGCAAGAAAUGCACUUUUGGAGGGGAAACUGUUACCCAGUUAUUUAAAUGCUUCUGUCAUUUACAGUAACCCCAUCUGUAACAGCAAAGGUCACAGCAUCCCCAAGAGCUACUUUUUUUUUUUUUACUCAUCUCUGGCAUGGAGUUAGUGACCUGUGUGCAUUCGGCCCCACAGAAGGGCUGUCCCCUCAUGCAGAUGUCCCUGUCCUGGCUGGGUUCAGUUUGUGACAUUGAGGAACCCAUAAGAAAUCUAGAGGAAGCUGUGGCAACAGUCAAGUCUCUGUGUGGAUCCCCUGCAAAUGCAGCCUUUUCUGGGUUUUUCUAAUGGUUUUGAUAAUUGCAUGUCAUUUUUGCAGCCUGACUAAAGCAAUUCUGGUAUUUCCUGGUUUUGAUGCCCUGUGUCAGCAUUUUCUUGUACUAAAGGUGCCUAAGCAGGCUGUGUUUAUCUCCACACUCACCAUUUUCUAUCUUUACCACAUACCUAUGCCAAGAAUUUGAAACUAUUAUAAAAAUUAUAAGGAAGGAAAAAGUAUCUCAUUGCAGUUCAGGCAGAAAUGACAAAACCCAGAGGUUUCUUCCAGCCUCACUGGGUCAUGUCUUGAACAGAGCUUCGGUUCCUGUGUCCAACCUGCCUCGUCAGCCAGCACAUGGAGAGAGCGGGAGCAGAGCAACGUUCACUCUCUCCCUGCCUUUCCAGCUCUGAUGCCCCACUGAGCACUUCACCAAUGUUGUUCUGUGUUGCUCUGUGCUGUCUCAGCACAUUCUACUUGUUCUCACACAAAAAUAGCGUAUCUUGUUGGCUGCGGAAAAGUACAGGGCUGUUGUCUCUUCCCUGUGUCAUUGUACCAGAUUUUAAAUGGUAUCUGCCAGACAGAAAAUAUCCUAUAGGGCCUGCAAGCUUAGGGAGAGACUGAGCUCCAUGACGCUCUGCAAACUGGGACCUUGGCCCCAGAGUGGGAACAUCCCUAUUGCCGCAGCUGUAACAGCUACUCUGUUCACAAGUGUCACGUCUUAAUUCAGCCACCGGCCAGGCUUUCUUAACAAACUCACGUAACGAAUAGCUGGAGUCUGCUGCAGCCAGGCUAAAGCUUCCUACCUUGCCUGUCAAAUGGAAAGUUAUACCAGUAGCAAGUGCUGAUUAAUAUAAAGGAGAUUGCAGGUAAUGCAUGACUGAACGUGCGUGUUUGUGGGUGUACUAGCAUAGAUCAAAUCGCAGCAGCUGCUUAGUAUUGCCUUGCAUUGCUUCUCUGGACAGAAAUGUGGAAAAUGAACACAAUAAACAUA